AUGACCGACCGUGAUUGAUUAAGUCAUACGGGUACAAAGUCCAAUGUCAUAAUAUCUUGUAUAUCGUCGGUAUUUCAUCAGACGGCAGAGCAUUAAUUUUGUAUGUCUUUCCAAGUACAUUGCAGGAAACGGUUUCCACGCGAAAAUACAACAGGAAUUCAUUGAUAGCACUUUGAUGAAUUAUUGAGACGCGUAAGGAGGGAAUUGAGGACAGCAUAAUAAUAUUUGUAUUGUUUGUCGACGUCCAUCAUCAGGCUGUAAUCAAUCCAAGUCUACAAAUCGUGAAAUGGAUCUAGAUGCGAGAAAUCCAGUCCCAAAUGUCCAGGUCCUACCGAAGUAUAGUCUAAACGACGAGGAUCUUCACAUUAAGGCAACUGGUCUAAGACCCUGUCAGCGUGUCACCCUCAGGGCUCACGUCUUCACAGAAUCGGGAAAGUAUCGGUUCGAAUCCCAUGCUCAGUACGAGGCGGACGACAGAGGGAUCGUGGAAGUUGAGAAGGCACCAUCACUCGGUGGUAGCUACCAGGGUAUCGAACCCAUGGGGUUGCUCUGGAGCUUAGAACCAGCACCAGAGAUCGCUCACAAGAGACCUCGUCUGGUCAAGCGCAACAUCCAGAAGCCUUUCAUCUACACCUUCCAGCUGGUAGAUGAUGUAGACAAUGUAGUGAUGCAUUCCACUUCGGUUGAAAGAUGGUAUCUAGCCAGCUAUGUGGAACGGCAUCUGGUACAACACGGGAUUGCAGAUGGGUGCUUGUAUAUUCCGAAAAAGAAGGGUUCCUCUGAUCCGAUGCCGGUGCUUCUUGAUAUCAGGGGUGGUGUUCCUUUCUUGGUAGAAGACAGACCCUCCUUGAUGGCAUCUCAUGGCUUUGCUGUCUUCUCCAUCGAUUACUUUCGUAAGAUGAUGGCUGGUAGGAGAAUCUUCAAUGAAAAAUGCAGAUACUUUGAUCUGAAGAUAUUCCUGGACAUCUUCGAGUUUAUCGCAAACCAUCCUCGUCUUGAUAGCAGUCGAGUUGGAAUUGUCUCUUCUUGCCUAGGAAGUGUCUUGGCGCUUCAAGCUGCUGCCAGGCUGAAAGAUAUGGUCCCUAUCCGAUGUGUGGCGGCUACCGGAUGUGUGGACUUCCUCGGUUACGAGAUUGGUCUCAGGUUACCUGACGGAACAACGAUAGAACCUUACAAGAAUUCUGAUCACGAGGAAGUAGUCGAGGAUACAGAUGGCGGAUAUAUAUGGCAACUGAGUGAUUUCAACGCUUUUGAUAAUCUGCAAGGCGAUUUCGUAAUACCGGUUGAAGAUAUAUCCUGCCCAAUGCUUUUCAUCACGAAUGGAGACGACCAACACAUACCGUCAUACAAACGUAUGACCGCCAUGAAGGAGAGGAUAGAGAGAGUUGGCAAGGGUAAUCUCUUAGAAACAAUUCAUCUUGAGGGCGCUGGUCAUUACAUUGACGCUCCAUAUCUUCCACUAUGUCGAAAAAACAACAUGGAUCCAACUCUUCCUUAUCCUGUUUGUGGCGUAAACGGAGGGGAGCCGCGGCUCCAUGGCUACGCGCUCAACAAGGCUUGGCGGAAGACGAUCAACUGGUUCCGGGGUCAACUGAACAUCACAGAAACUUACCGUUUGGACUGGCUAGAUUCAAUUUCAUCAACUCCAUAUGUAUCAUCGAGACUUUGAUAUUUACUUAAAUGUUAGGUUAUUACCCAUAAUGCGUUUAUAUCAUGAUUUUAAAUGCUUUUGCUCCUGAAGAUCGUGAUUGCUUACAGGGUGUCAUUCAAACGUACUCACACAUCACUUAGAUUUGGAUAAGAAUAAGUUUAUCUGGGAAAGGGGGCUCUACACGAUCCUAAGGACUUUAGAGAAAUCUAACCAAGGGCAAUUUCAAUACAAUCUUGUAUAUCUCAUAGAAUUCAUGUUCAGAUUACGUAAUACGACAUUAUGAUGUUCGCACAUACCUAAAAUUGACGCAAUGGUAAAGGUCACGUAUCGAUAUGACAUUAUCCACCUUGUAAUUGCGGAAGGUAAUGGAAAUGGAAACUAAUUUAAGAUGCAGGUAUAUUCUAUUGUCAUGCUCUUAUCUUGAUGAAACGCGCUUAAUUUAUUGCAUGGAUGCUCCUAUAGAAUACCUAUGCAUGACUGAAAUUUAAAGUCUUUUUAUUCAGUAUUUUUAUAAUAAUUACCGUUUAAUGUACUCUCGAAAGGCAGCCUUUAUGUUAUGCAACUAAAUGUGACAUAUGGUAUGGUAUUUAUUGAAUCAUGCAUCGCAGUUAAUUGCACAUGGAUAUACAUUACAUUUUAAAAACGAGUGUACAAUUUAAAACAGUAUCAUUUACAUAAUUAUAAGUACAAGUAUAUGUCACAUGUUUAUCCUAAAUUUUGUACCAAAUGUAAAAUAAAAGCAAACAUACGAACAAGAG